UUUUCAUGUCUGUUCGGUAGCCAGUACGGAAAGACAAGAGUGUGUGUGUGUUCGUACGAUUUUUCCUAAAAAAAAUUUACACGUGCAUCUGUGACAAAAAUCUGUCAAAAUUUCGCCAUCAAAAGCCGAAGAGAUGGCAGCGGAGCCACAGCCGGCCAAAAAGCGGCGGGUUUCCGUGUGUGUGGGCUGCGGGUCGCAGAUUCAGGACCAGUUUAUUUUACGUGUGGCGCCAGAUUUAGAAUGGCACGCUGGCUGCCUCAAAUGUGCCGACUGUAACCAGUACUUGGACGAAUCGUGUACCUGUUUCGUGCGCGAUGGAAAAACUUACUGUAAACGAGACUACGUCAGGUUAUUCGGAACGAAGUGUACUAAGUGCGGCCAGGGGUUUUGUAAAAAUGACUUUGUUAUGAGAGCGAAAAACAAAAUAUAUCAUAUAGACUGUUUCCGGUGUGUCGCGUGCAGUCGGCAGCUCAUCCCGGGAGACGAGUUCGCUCUCAGGGACGACGGCCUCUUCUGCAAAGCCGACCACGACGUCGUCGAGCCGGCAGGCGGAGCGGGUUCGGAACCCUCCAGUCCCGCCAGCAGCAACAACAACAACAAUAACAACAAUACAAGUAAUAACAACAAAAACAGCGGCGGCGGAGAUCAAAAGAACGGGGGAGGUCUACAGCUUGCAGGAAGAAACAAGAAGAAAAACAAACAUGGCUGGAAAAAAAGUCGAGCGGAACAGGCUGGAACGAAAACGAGGCCGAGCCUACACAAGUCAGAUCAUAAGACGACCCGUGUGCGUACCGUCCUCAAUGAAAAACAGUUACACACUUUACGAACGUGUUAUAACGCUAACCCGCGGCCCGACGCGCUCAUGAAGGAACAAUUAGUGGAAAUGACCAACUUAUCCCCGCGGGUCAUUAGGGUGUGGUUUCAGAACAAGCGGUGUAAGGACAAGAAACGGAGCAUACUAAUGAAGCAGAUACAGCAACAACAAGAUAAGAACGGAAAUGGUUUGCAGCGCCCUCUACAAGGAGUGCCGAUGGUUGCGUCAUCUCCGGUCCGUCACGAGGGCCCGGGCAUCCAGGCGAACGCGGUGGAGGUUCACAGUUACCACACGCCGUGGAAAGCGCUCAGCGAGUUCGCCAUGAACGGAGAGCUCGACAACACCCACCCUCCCUUUCAACAACUGAUGACCACUUUCGAGCACAUGGAUCCGAAUUGCGCCGCCAACCACUCCCCCGGGAGCGACCCACUCAUGCACGUGUCCUACCUCAACCACGAUGACAUGCCCAGCUCAGUGAGUUCAGACUUCCCGAGGACGCCGUCAGAAUUAUCUAGUCCGCUCAGUCAGUGACGACGCGCAGUCAGCGCCGAGUUGUUACCAAACCAUAGUCCUACUCACAGAACAUUCCUACUCACAGACGACAGUCCUACUCACAGACGACACUUCUAUUCACAGAACAGUCCUACUCACAGACGACAGUCAUAUUCAGACGAUAGUCCUAUUCAGACGACAGUGAACUCAUACUCACAGAAGAUAGUCUUGUUUAGACGAUAAUCGAGUCCUAUAUACAGACGAUAAUUCAACUCAAAGACAAUAGAAUAGUCUUAUUUAAAGAUUACAGUGAUACUUAUACAUGAGUCUUACUCACAGAUGACAGUCUUAUUCAGUGUUACAAAUAAUAGUCCUCAUACACGAUCGUCCUGGCAGACGACAGUUCUAACCAUAGAUGAUAGUCCUAUUCAAAGACGGUAGUCCUAUUUGCAGACGAAGGAUACUCAUAGGUGAUAUUCCUACUCACGUGUAAUAUUCCUACUCAGAUGAUAUGCCUAAAAUGUUCUGAUAGCAGACGCUAUUUCUAACAGUUUUCUAAACAGACGUUAUUUCUAACAGUUUUCUAAACAGACGUUAUUUCUAACAGUUUUCUAAACAGACGUUAUUUCUAACAGUUUUCUAAACUGGACGAUAUUUGUAAGAAUUUUGUUUAACCAGAUGAUAUUUCUACAGUUUUCCAAACAGACGAUAUUUCUAACAGUUUUCUAAACAGACGAUAUUUGUAAUACGGUUUUUAAGCAGACGAUAUUUCUACAGUUUUGUAAACAACAGACUUCUUACAGAUUCUUCAUCGUGGCUGUAAGCUUUAACCUCGUCCACUGGUAGAGUUGUACCAGACAAAUAAUGUUAUGUAGUUUACAUACUGCCAGUCAGACAGACACUAAAAUGAUUUGUAAUGGCUUUAGAAAAAAUCCACAGUGUAACAACUGUCUGUUUUAUUUCUCAUUGCGCUGGUGCACUUGAAAAUCAAAUUAAUAUAUAGUUCCCACCCCCACCCCCAGUUGCUGUCAUUUUCCAACGCCUAUGUUUCUCAGACACCAUCCUGUACUGUCAACAGUGCUUCAGCUGGGAAAGAACUGUUUUAGAACUGUGUGCUGAUGAGCUAGGCCCUCCGGACCGUGUUAACAGUGUAAACUGUGAUCUGUCUCCACGGAUACAGACGAUGAUGUGGUGUGGGUUGUGAACUUGGAAACUCUAAACGGCUGACUGACGAGCUUCAAUCACUCAAAUCAACUUGUUACCUCGUUACAGAGUCGCUUCCCUUUAGGAAGUGGAACUUGGAUCUCUUUUCCACUUGAACGUGCAUUUUCAGAAUAUGGUGCACUUUCCAAAACGUUGUGUACUUUUAGAGCAUUUAUUCUGACGGAUGGUGAUUGGCUGAUAGAUCAAAUACUGAUAUACCAUUGGCGGUUUCAUGAGAAAAACAAAACAAAACACUGUGACGUCACGUGCAAAAAAUGUUGUGUUCCUUUAUGUGGAUAUUUGUGACGAUUUGUCAUUUGUUGUGGACAUUUUAUUUAAUGUGUAUAUACAACGUGUUUAUGUCACGGAGUUUCUCUCGUACAAAGUUAUUGUACGGGAGAUCCAGAACUUGACCUUGAAAACUUACAGCGCUCCCUAGCGUUACCUGGACCUUGUUCAAGAACGACAACACGUCUGUGAUUGUUUUUUGUUCACGGAGUAGCUUGUUUUUUGUGAGUUUUGUUUUUUGUAUAGUUAUUUUAUGUUGUACGUGCCAUGUUGCAUCUAGCCUGGUCUCUCUGAUGAGUACCAUCUUGGAACGUUCAGCUAUGCAUGAAUACCAGCUUGGUACCACCAGAGUGGCUCAGGCGUCCACUAUCUCAACCGAAAGGUAAUCUGUCACACUACAUUUACAUGCAUAUCAACUUCAUGUCACCCUCUCAAAAUGGCUUUUUUUUUCUUGAACAAAUUAUUUAAAUUAUGCAAUAAAAUGCGUAUAAAUAUUGA